AUGAAAGGCGUUAUCUCCAUCGCGUUCGCUGCUCUGCUGGCCGUGGGCCAUGCUUCGUCAUGGGACUCCAACGAGUCUUAUUCCGUCCCGAACACUUCGGUCAACAAGUGCAAUGAAUACCAGAAGAAGGGCUUUACCUGGUCUGGUCUGGCUACCGGUUCUUUUGACCAGUACGGUGGCAUGGACUUUAUUGGAUUUACGUGCAGCAACAGCUUCGGUAGCAGGAGUGACAAGUGCAUCACUGGUACUGCAAUCAAGGGUGCUAGCUCCGGUGAUAGCUCGUCUUCGCCUUCGUUCUCCGUCGGCAGUGAUGAGUCCGAUUUCUCUAUCGCCAACCUCAAGGUCUCAACCUCCAAGGACACCGAUUUGCUAAUUAUCUACAACAUGCCCGAUGGUCAAAAAUGCCACAAGACUGCCUCCGUCUCAACUGCUGGUUCUACCAUCACCAAUGACCAAUGCGGCGGUGCUGAGUCUGUUCAAUUCGUUCUGCCUGAUGACAGCAAGGAAGACAGCUGCGACUUUGGAAUCUACAGCAUCGGCUUUGACUGCACCUCCGGUACUUCAAGUACCGUAUCCGCUCAGAGCACUGUUUUGUCGAACCGUGGCCUUCUUCCUCGUAAUUUGGAAAGCUCGUCCAUUCCCUAUAUUUCCGCCACCCCAUCUGACUCCGUACCCUCGGGUACCUCGAGCUCUCCCCUCGUUGUGAUCCCCGUAUCUCCGGACUCGGGAUCCUCGACGACCUCGAGCUCUUCCGCAGCGGUGGUUUCCGAACCCUCUGACUCGCCGGCAUCUACAUCCUCGAGCAUUUCUACCCCAGUAGUGGUCCCCGUUUCUCCGAGCUCCGCCCCGUCUGGAGCCUCGAGCUCUUCCACAGCAGUGGUUUCCGAAUCCUCUGACUCGCCGGCAUCUACAUCCUCGAGCGCCUCUAUCCCAGUGGUGAUCCCCGUAUCUCCGGGCUCGAGAUCCUCGACGACCUCGAGCUCUUCCGCAGCGGUGGUUUCCGAAUCCUCUGACUCAUCGGCAUCUACAUCCUCGAGCAUUUCUAUCCCAGUGGUGGUCCCCGUUUCUCCGAGCUCCGCCCCGUCCGGAAGCUCGAGCUCUUCCUUGCCCGUGAUUCCAGGGGUCUCUGCCUCAUCGCCGGCCACUAUCACUACAUCUCCUGCCAGUGUUUCGGCGAGAUGGACUACCUCUACGGUCUACACCACCAGUGAGAUUACCAUUACCAGUUGCGCUCCGACUGUCACAGACUGCCCGGCCGACUCGACCAGGGUGGUUACUUCUACUAUCGCCGUCUCAACCACGGUAUGCCCUGUGACCGAAAGCGAGACUACUCCGGCCGGCGAGUCGACUCCUGCCCCUGGCCCGAGCGGUGUCUCUCCUGUAUCAUCUCCCACAAGCACAAGUCCGUCGGCUGGUCCCUCAGCCUCUUCCCCCGCUGGCUCGCUCUCGACUCCUGUUAGCUCGCCGGUAACCUCUGGCUCAUUUCCCAUCACUGGAUCUACCACUCCUUCUGCCGGUAUCAGCAGUUCAGGAUGGACCACUUCGACUGUGUACACGACCAGCGAAGUCACUAUCACAAGUUGUGCCGCAAGUGUUACUAAUUGCCCGGCGGACUCGACCAAGGUCGUAACCUCCACAAUCCCUCUCUACACGACUGUGUGCCCUGUGACCGAGACUGGUUCGGAUAGCCAUACAUCUUCUACCGAGUCCGCUACCCCACAGACAUCAUCGGCUAGUCUCAGUAGCAGCUUGCCCGCAAGUUCUCCCGCAAGCUCACCCAUUAGCCCAUCUGGUUCUUCCGGUACCGUCACGUCUGUAGGCCCGUCUGGGUCCUCGCCAGUCACUGGCUCUAUUACAUCCUCGGCCAGCGCUUCGCAAUGGACAACCUCGACUGUUUUUACAACUAGCGAGGUCACUAUUACUAGUUGUGCGCUUACUGUCACUAAUUGUCCUGCGGACUCGACUCGCGUUGUUACUUCCACGAUUCCCCUGUACACAACUGUGUGCCCUGUGACUGCGACUGAGACAACUUCUGCUGGUCAGACUGAUUCGAGUCCGGUGCCAUCAACCACAAUCAGCCCUAGCAGCAGCUUACCUAAAUCGUCUUCUCCUGGUUCUUCGGUUUCUUCUCCUGCUGGUCCUUCCGUUUCGUCCCCAGUUAGCUCGCCUGCGAGCCCAUCUGGCUCAUCACCGGUGACUGAAUCAAUCACAUCUGCUAGCGUUUCGCAAUGGACUACUUCGACCGUGUACUCGACCAGCGAGAUCACUAUUACGAGCUGUGCGCCAACUGUCACUAACUGUCCAGCGGAUUCCACCCGAGUUAUCACUUCUACUAUCGCCAUCAGGACUACUGUUUGCCCCGUCACCGAGACUACUUCAUCGCAGUCGACAUCGGCACCGUCGGUUCCAGCCAGUCCUAGUGGAAGUUUGCCUGCGACUUCUCCUGCUGCGCCCUCGGGCUCGUCGCCUGUUACUGGCUCCAUUACCUCUUCUACUAGUGUUUCUCGGUGGAUUACCUCCACAAUAUACACGACCAGUGAAGUGACCAUUACUAGCUGCGCUCCCACUGUCACGAACUGUCCGGCGGAUUCAACUACGGUGAUCACUUCUACCAUUCCUGUCCGGACUACCGUUUGUCCUGUGACUGAGACUUCCGCUGGUGAAACCUCCCCUUCUGGCACGACUACUUCGAUUAUCCAAACUACUCCUGUCCAGUCGGUCUCUCCUGAGUCAACUCCCGCUAAAUCAACUACUGCUGAAUCAACUACUGCUGAAUCGACCUCUGCCGAGUCGACUACCGCUGGCCCCUCUGGUUCUUCUCCAGUCACUGGUUCCAUCACAUCGUCCGCUAGUGUUCCGCAGUGGACUACAUCCACCAUUUAUACGACCAGCGAAAUCACCAUCACGAGCUGUGCCUCAACUGUGACCAACUGCCCGGCCGAUUCCACUUCAGUGGUCACCUCCACCAUUGCUAUUAGAACUACCGUGUGUCCUGUUACAGAGACUACGCCAGCCGGUGAGACAUCUCCGGCUGUAGAGACAUCUCCGGCUGUGGAAACAUCUCCGGCUGUAGAGACAUCUCCGGCUGUAGAGACUACUACAGUGAAAUUGACCUCUGUUGGCCCCACUGGCUCCUCUCCGGUUACCGCGAGUCCUUCGGUUCCAACUGGUGGUGGUUCGUCAGUUCCAUCGGACUCAACAGUCACUGAAGUCACCUACACCACCACAACUGUCUGCCCGGUCACUGCUACUAUUAGCACGGGAUCCUCAUACUAUGUCACGACAUCUACCACCCUGUCAACCAUCGUUGUUACUUCGACUUCGACCAUCUGCACUAAGUGCUCAGCUGGUGCUACUACUUCUGUUCCUGGCGUCACCGAGACAAGUGUUGCGGAGACCAGCCCUGCGGAGACCAGUCCUGCACCUACCGUUUCGGUUCCUUCUGGCACCAGCCCCGAGUCUACUGUCGUUCCAGAGGAUUCCACAACUACUAUUGUGACUUACACCACCGUCACUACCUGUCCUGUAACCAACACUGUCACUACUGGUGGAUCUACUAUCCUUGUUCCUACCAGCACUGUCUCCACUGUCGUUCUGACCUCUACCUCCACCGUUUGCACCAAAUGUUCAGCAGGUGCAACGUCUGUUACCGAGACUAUCACUGUCCUUGGUGGUACCGGCACCUCGCCGACCUCAAGUCCAGCUCCAUUCUCUUCUUGUCCCAGCACCGUCCCACAGUGUAUCAACACCUGGCUGAGCCUCGUGCCAAAUUGCAAAGACAACAGCGAUGCCAAGUGCUACUGCCCCAACAAGGAGUUCACAGACAAGGUCAUAUCUUGCAUCGACGCAUGGGGUUCAUCCAAAUCUGAGAUCCAGGUCGCCAUGUCGUACUUCACCGGCAUUUGUGCCGCUUGGGUUCCCCAAAACCCCGGCAUCGUGACUGGCGUCCCGUCGACUAUCACGCUGGCCCCGACCGUCUUCGUCUCCGCUCCAACCGGCAGCACUGUGGCUCCAGCGGGCGUAACCUCUGCAUCCUCGGUCCCCUGCACCACAAUCACCUACUCAACGUACACCGUCACGGUGCCGCAGGUCAGCUUCGUGACGUCCACACUCACCGGCUCCUCAGGCUCCACCCCAACAGUCGGCCUAGUUCCCGUCAGCCCAAGUGGUGUUCGACCCUCUGGCCGGAUUCCCGUUCCGAAGGGGUCCUCCUCGAGACUAGCAACCUCAAGCAUCCCCUACACAUCCGGCGCAACGCCCGCCAAAGCAAGCGCCUCGCCAGUAUUCAACUCAGCAUCGACAGUGUCGAUGUCAUGGGGCGUGAUGCUGGGCUUCAUCGCAACGCUCAUUGGUCUCGUCAUCUAG